AUGGAUCUAAUUGACGGUGUUAUUAUUAGUCAUCAUUUCCUACCAAAGAUGCUUGUUUUCCUUCGCAGUCUCUUCCACGCUGGUCGCAGAGCCUCUCACCGUGUAAGCCAUCUCUCUCCCAACCCUCUAAACCCCACUGACCCAUUUUUCAAUGCUUUCCCUGUUUCAUCAUCACACGCUUCUUCGCUUUCUUGCCCUAUAAUUUGGUUCACCGGCAUUCUUUUCAUAAUCAGAUACCCUUUUGUCUCCAUAUCAAGCUCCAACAGUGUCUUUUAUGAUAUAGGUAAAGAAUCAAUGCGUAAUGUUAUUCAACAAGAGCAGUGGCAGGAUUAUAGGAUUGUUAGUUUGCUUGAUUUGGCGCUGGCGCCGAUAUGGGUGUCUAAGGUUUUGGUCGAAUUGAAAGGGGAUCCUAGGUUAGCUUUGAGGUUCUUCAAAUGGGCCAGAACCCGAUGUGGGUUUCGCCACACCACGGAAUCUUAUUGUGUCUUGAUUCAUAUAUUGUUUUUUGCGAGACUCUACUUUGAUGCACAUGAGAUUAUGAGAGAGCUGGUUUUGUUGAGGUGGGUUUUACCGGGUUGCCAUGUCUUUGACGUGUUGUGGUCCACGAGGAAUGUUUGUGUUCCGGGGUUUGGAGUGUUUGAUGCUUUGUUUAGUGUUUUGGUUGAGGUGGGAAUGCUCGAGGAAGCAAGCGAGUGUUUUUUGAGGAUGAGGAAGUAUAGGGUUUUUCCGAAAGCACGGUCCUGUAAUGUGCUUUUGCAUAGUCUUUCAAAGUUGGGGAAGGGGGAAUUAUCGAGGAAGUUUUUUGAGGAUAUGGUUGGGGCUGGGAUUAGGCCUUCAGUUUUCACAUAUAAUAUAAUGAUUGAUUAUAUGUGCAAAGUAGGAGAUUUGGGAGCAGCUAGAAGCUUGUUUGAACAAAUGAAGCACAUUGGCGUUAUGCCAGAUAUUGUCACGUAUAAUUCUCUUAUUGAUGGGUAUGGAAAGGUUGGAUUAUUAGAUGAAUCGGUUUCUAUAUAUGAAGAAAUGAAGGAUGCAGGUUGUGAACCUGAUGUAAUAACAUAUAACGCUUUAAUUAAUUCUUUUUGUAAAUUUGAAAGAAUGCCUCAAGCGUUUGAGUUUCUCCAUGAGAUGAAGAUCAGUGGGUUGAAACCAAAUGUUGUAACUUAUAGCACAUUAAUUGAUGCUUUUUGUAAGGAAGGGAUGAUGCAGGAGGCGAAUAAAUUUUUUGUGGACAUGAGACGAGUUGGUCUUUUACCCAAUGAAUUUACUUACACUUCUUUGAUUGAUGCAAAUUGUAAAUUAGGUAAUCUAAAUGAUGCUUUGAAGCUGGCUAAUGAAAUGUUGUGGGCAGGAGUUAAAUUGAACAUUGUUACCUACACAGCUUUACUGGAUGGCCUUUGUGAAGAUGGGAGGAUAAAGGAAGCAGAAGAAGUUUUUAGGACAAUGCUAAAGGCUGGAAUAAUUCCUAACCAGCAAACUUAUACUGCUCUUGUUCAUGGGUAUACGAAGGUUAAGGAAAUAGAGAAAGCUAUGGAAAUUUUGAAAGAAAUGAAGGAGAAAGGCAUCAAAGUGGAUAUCUUGCUGUAUGGGACCAUCAUUUGGUGUCUCUGCAGCCAAAAUAAGCUUGAAGAAUCUGAACUUGUAAUCAGUGAAAUGAAUUGUCAUGGUGUAAGUGCGAAUCAUUUUAUAUACACAACACUUAUGGAUGCUUUCUUCAAGGCAGGAAAAACUGCAGAGGCACUCAAUCUGCUACAAAAAAUGCAGGACUUGGAUAUUGAGGUCAAUAUUGUUACUUAUUGUGCACUAAUUGAUGGUUUGUGUAAGAAGGGAUUGGUCAAAGAGGCAAUUAAGUAUUUUCGUAGCUUGAAUGACAUUGGUAUGCAACCUAAUGUUGCAGUUUAUACAGCACUAAUUGAUGGUCUUUGUAAAAAUAAUAGCAUUGAAGCAGCCAAGAAGCUGUUUGAUGAAAUGCUGUACAAGGGUAUGAUUCCAGAUAAAAAUGCUUACACCGCUUUAAUUGAUGGGAACUUAAAGCAUGGAAAUCUUCAGGAAGCUUUGGACUUGCAAGACAGAAUGAUUAAUUUGGGUAUGGAGCUUGAUCUGCCUGCCUAUACUUCCUUGAUUUGGGGAUUUUCUCAAUGUGGUCAGUUGCAACAUGCAAAAAAGCUUCUUGAUGAGAUGAUUGGGAAGGGUAUCCUUCCUGAUGAGAUUCUUUGUAUUUGUCUAUUGAGGAAGUAUUAUGAACUAGGAAAUAUGGAUGAAGCCGUUGAAUUGCAAAAUGAAAUGGUGAAAAGGGGUUUAAUUGCUGGCAGUGGUGAUUGUGCAGUUCCUAAUUUACAAACUUGAGAGAUAAUAAUGUUUGACCAGCCUUACUUUGUGAUGGGGCUGUGUAAAAAAGUUGAAUCAAAAGCACAGGAUGGUUUUCCUUUUCCUAAAUGGAGGUAUAAGAACCCAAGGGAUACAAAGUUCCUCACGGGCUUCUGAUUGUAUGGAAUGGCAUUGAAAAGUUGUGUUUUGACGGUUUUUGAUGAAAUAGGCUGUUGCUGAUACUCACUGUGUAUCAUAUCUAAAGUUCUUUUGUGGUCUCAUCAUGCAAAUUACUCUACUGGAUGCGGUUUUAGCCUGAUGUUCUCAUGCGAUCUUCAGCAGAAAAACCAGAUUAUACCUCUGGUUUAAUUACCUUAAACUUUCUGUCAAGCUGGGUGGUUUCUGAGUUGGAAGAAAGAUAUGUCUGGGCUCAAGGUUCUGCGCGAAAUUGACCACGUGAAAGCAAUAUGCAUCCAAGGAUGUAAACAAUACCAGUCGAGUUGGUUGUUGCUCUGAUUGCUUGGACAAGCAAGCAUGACAGUUGUGCUGCCUUUGAGCACCUAAUUUUGUUUCAUCGGUGAGCGAUGUCGAUGGCCUUGAUUUAGCUGCCGAAAUGCAUGACCAAUAAGGUUCAGCCAUGUAGAGAAAAGGACAUAUGUGCCAACUUUGAGCACCUAAUUUUGUUUCAUAUGCAAGCAAUGCCGAUUGCCUUUGAUCUAGCUACCCAAUGGCAUGACCAACUAGUUUCAAGCAUCUACAGAAAAUAACCAUGGACUCCUGAUGUGAAGACCAAAUGUUUCGUCUUUGUAUGGUACACAUUAUCAUUUGGUGUGAUUUAUUUAUAAGAUAUUUUGUUUCUUGUACUCCAGAAAUAGGGGAUAUGGUGAGAGUGUGGAAUGUGAGAUGAGGAGUGAGGGCAUGCCAAAAUUUCAUGGGUGAGACAGCAGCGCGCCGCUGGGAGUAAAUUCCUUUGCGCGGAUGUUGCUGCAGCCUCUGAUGCGUAUCAAGUUCUUGUUCUGUACCUCAAUACCCAUUAUCAUAUCCUUUGAAAACAUUUCUUCAUUCUUGAAAAGUAUAAAUAUUUGAGGCGAUAAUAAAAGAGAUCAUAACAUUAAUCAUAAUAGAUAUAGUGGUUAAUAAAAAAGUCUCUUGAACUAACAUCAGAUUUUAGAAUAGCCUCCUAAAUUUUCAAGUGUUCUAAAGUGGCCUAUCAAACUACCACCGUGUUUCAAAAAUGCUAUUUUUUUUCUCGAUUAUAUUCUUAUCCUCUAAAAAAACAAAAAUUAAAAAUUAAUUAAAAAAAUAUAUUUUUUAAACACAAAAAAAGGGGUAGAUUAAUA